UGUAUGGGGUACUGUACUACCAUUUGUACUUGUUUUACUUGCUUCCCUACAGAGUGCGUACGAAGAAGUAAUAAUGAGAGUGAGGAGGCAAUACUGUCUUCUACCCCAGAAAGAAGAGGUCGUCGCAUAAGUGACAAAUUUGCAUCACUGAUCCCGAAGAGAUAUACAAUCAAGGAUCUUGAUCGACUAUUGUUGCCCUUCCAUACAAAAUGAUAAACUUUUUGUUGGGAGUGCUUUUAUUAGCAAUUUGUUCCCUCCAACCUGUGGUAUGCAGUCGUGAUGUGAUGGGACCACACCUUGAUAAUCCCUAUCAAAUCCCUUUCCUUGAAGCAAACAGAAACGUCUCACUUUCAAGAACGUGGCAGAUUCUUGGUCCUUUUCGAUCUGGAACACGAGAGGCUAUCUGGGGCGCAGAUCCAUUGGAAUACUAUAAUGGCUUCUCCAGUCUUUCUUAUAGUACAAAUGCCACUUUCAACAGCGCUCUUGCUGUCAAUGGAGCUGCCAGAUGGAGUCUCGUUCGGGCUGAUGUUUCGAGCACUUCGCCGGGAUCGAUAAAAGCCUCACUGAAUGUGAGUUUCCCGGAAGUCGAAUGGAGCUUUUUACAAUCUGUAUAUGGGUGGUCUGCAUUGCAAUACCAGGCCUGGGCCCGUGGAUUCCUGAAUGUGAGCCAGCCGAAUGGUCAGACUAUUGCUCUGUAUAUGAGUGGUUUGCUCGAGUUCUUAGUGGAUGGUAAACGGCAUUUUGGUGGUAAUUUUUACAGCUAUCACAGAGCCCCCGUUAUCUUACACCUAUCUCAAGGCCAACAUACAUUGGACUUGAGGUUGACGCGCGAUGUUAGGGCUCUGGGUGCAGCUGAUGAACCUAUAAUUGGGGUCGACGUUGAAGCUGAAGAGCGCCAGAUGUCUUUGAGCAUCGACCAAGAAAGCCUCUUGGUAUCUGACAUCACCCAAGGAAGGCUUGGAAAUGGCUGGGCGUCGAUAAAUGUCCAGAACAAUCUAGCUGAGUGGGUUGAAAUUGUCUCUCUUAGUUCGCCUGAUGCCUCCCAAUAUGUGUUAGAUAUGGAAAGUCUACCCCUUUUCCCGUACCAAGUUCGGCCACUUAUAUUUAGCAUUUCUCUUGGGCCCCCCUUGAAAUUUGAAUUCUCCGUCGAUAUUAUCUACAAGACAGAUACGGAAAAAGGUGAAGUCCUCGGGACGCUGCCCUUUCAGGUGAAACUUGUCGAGAAGUCCCUUUCAGAAACACAAAAAAUCACAUUUCUUCAUUCUGCUAGAAUAGUUUCCUAUGCUAUUUUGAGGCCACCACCACUUACUUCCACCUGUGGAUUUCAUGAGGGACGAAAACCUAUUCCUGUGAUGGUUGCUCUCCACGGGGCAGGGCUUCAGGCAGAUGCACCCCAAGUGCGUGAGAUGUUGGAUGCUGCCAAUUUUAUUUGCUCAUGGAAGCUGCUUCCCACUGGUGUUACUCCAUGGAGUGGUGAUGACUGGCAUAUCUGGGGUGCCUCUGAUGUCCAAGCCGCUAUAGCGGCAAUCCCUGAAUGGAUCAAAAACGUUAACUGGACAGGUCCACAUGCAACUGUGGAUAACUGGAUUCUCACUGGCCAUUCAAAUGGAGGACACGGGGUAUGGUUUUUUUCGACCCACUAUCCCGACAAUAUUAUUGCAGCGGCGCCAGUAUCAGGAUAUUCUUCCAUUGAAAACUACGUGCCAUACAGUAUGUGGCAGGAAUCUGACCCAAUAGUUUCAUCUGUUCUUCAGAGGUCUCGGUCAAAUUAUAAAAAUGAACUACUAUUAGAGAAUGCUGCAGGCAUCCCGAUAUUUCAGCAACAUGGUUCUAAUGAUGAUAAUGUACCGGUGUACCACUCUCGUCUUAUGCAUGAGCUACUUGGAAGAACCCAGUGGCCGUCCCAAUACAAUGAACUACCUGGAAAGGGUCAUUGGUUCGAGGGAAUCAUGACUACUUCAUCGUUGUUGGAAUUUUAUGAAGAAAGGGCCACUUCCCAGUACCGACCAACCACCCCAUUAUCAUUCACCAUAAGCAUUCCGUCAUCUGGAGCCAUGGGGUCCGUGUAUGGGAUUUACGUCGAUCAGCUACAGUCACCCGAUAUGAACGGCAAAAUAGAGGUCACCCGAGACCUGGGAAAUGGGCUUUGGUAUCUGCAGACACAAAAUAUACAUCGCUUUCGUCUCUCAGUCAGCACCCGGGUAGAAGUCCCAGUUGCUUUAGUGUUGGACAGAAUGGAAUAUCCAUUUAUCGUGAACCCAAGUCUAUUCGAGAAGACAUGGUAUCUUAAAAGCCCUCUGAACCGAUGGAUAACAUCAAACGAUACCGAAUGGAAAAAUAUUUACCAAAGGCACGGCAAUCAAAUGGGUGCAAUGGAUGCUAUAUUGCGCUCCAAUGGGGCCUUUACAAUCUCUACUUGCUCGGCUGAUGCUGAACAUAUUGCACUCCAAAUUAGCCGGAACCUUCUACAAUACUUUGCAGCAGAUUCUCUGGUAAGCGAGGAAUGCAGCUCGACCGCUCCUUUUCUAGACCAAACAUCCAAAAACAGGCACGGAAAUUUCAUAGUCCUUGCUAUAGGCGAUGACUUGCCUCCCUCGAGAAAUCCGGCAUUUCCAAUUCGCGUUUGUCGUGGUACCCUUAUGCUCUCAAAAAUAUGCAAUCCUCUUCAUUCCACAUAUGAAGCGGGAAUUGACUCUCAGAGAGCACAGAAGUAUGUGUCCGAAUAUACCUACCAGAAGGGUCUGGGGGCACUGUUUCUUCGUCCUUUAGAAAAUGAGCGAUUGGAGCUGAUUGUUUGGGGUGCGGAUCUGCACGGCCUUGAACAAGCUGCACGUCUUGUGCCUACACUUACAGGUGUCGGACAGCCUGACUUUUUAGUACUGAGCGAUAGCUGCCGUUGGAAAGGUCACGGCGGUCUACUUGCCGCAGGGCAUUUCAACAAAUUUUGGCAGAUAUCACCUAGUUCUUAUCUUUACAGGGGACCGGGAACAUACGAAAAAUACUCGCUAUGAAAACAUCCUAAUGAUGUUGCAACAAUUGCUAAGUGGAUAAUAUGUCUAUCUGUACGCUUUUUCUUAGACAAUAAAACAUUCUGAC